AUGCAAGCCUCUAUUUUAACAGCUCAAGCUUCAAACCUGCGACUUCCUCCAGAAAAACAAGGCAACACUUUGAGUGGAAUCAGUCGAGCAAAAAGAAUACACAAGCAAGCCCGACAUGUCUUGCUACACAAAGAGCUCCGCUUCCCACAACCUGGGAAGGGAGCAAGUCAUUCUUUGCUUCUAGACUGCAAGGACAUCUACUCCUCAGCUUUCCAGUGGUCCUCACAACAGAAAGACAGCGAGGUCUCUCCUCGUGCAUUUUGUCUUCAAGUCAACAAUGAGAUUUUACCAAAGCUUGGUAUUGAUCAAUCCAUAUCGGAAGUAACUGCCACUAGCUGGAUGUUGAAGCUUGGAUUUUGGCCGCAGACCUACUCUAAGUGUAUCUACUUUGAUGGUCAUGAAAGACCUGACGUGGUUGCAUCUCAAGUCAAGUACCUCAAGGAUGUUUCUGAACUUCAAAAACACUUGCAAACAUACGGUGGUGACAAUCUUGAAGUUCCUAUGCUGAUCGACCCAAGCCUUCUUGAAGACCGCAGGCAAACUGUUUUUAUAUACCAUGAUGAAUCGACUGUCCAUGCAAGGGAGAGACCUAAAUCAACAUGGCUUUUACCAGGGUGUCAAGACUCCCGCUCAAAGAACUUAGGACGGCUUAUCCACAUCUCUGACUUUAUUCUAGAGACUACGGGACGCUUGGAGUUAUCAGAAACUCAGUUUCAUACCAUCACACAAGCCCAGUCAACCCAAGUCAAGCCAACAAGUUGGGAUGCUGCUACUGUUAUAUACCCUGGAUCAAAGGGUGAUGCCUGGUGGGACAUGAAUCAGCUGUGUGAUCAAGUCACCAAAAAGGCAUUGCCAAUCUUCGAGGCUCUUCAUCCGGGAUAUCAGGCAGUGUUUGUGUUCAAUUGCUCGUCUGCCCAUGGCACAUAUUCACCAUCGGCCCUUCAAGCCCAGAACAUGAACUUGUCCUCAGGAGGAAAGCAAGGCUUGUCACAAGACACUGUCAUUCCAUCCGAUGAUCCAAACAUACCCAUCGAGCUCCGUGGAACACCACAAACUGUUGAGUUUUCAACUUAUUCUGCGCGUGCCAUGAGACUGCGGAUCUAG